AUGCGAUUAUUAGCACAACUUUCGUAUCUUUUGGCCCUCGUGGCCUUUUUGCCGCUGGCCACGGCCGUCCGACUCCUCAAGUCUACCUCUCUAAUUGAAUGCAUGGCCGAUUCGAAUUUCACAGCAUCCCUCUUCGAAGUCACCUUCUUCCCGGACAACCGAUCACUUGCUCUAGAUAUCAACGGUAUGUCAGAUAUAUCGGGUAAUGUCACCGCAGAAUUAAGGGUUACUGCCUACGGCUUCACCGCUGCAAUGGAGACACUCAACCCUUGUGAAUUGAAUAUCGAAGCACUCUGUCCAAUGCAGGCCGGUCCUAUCCCUCUCUCAACUUCUCUCACUGUCUCGGAAUCGGUCAUUAAGGAAAUCCCUAGUAUUGCCUAUACCAUUCCUGAUCUGGAUGGUCAAGUAUUCGUAUAUAUCAAUUCGACAGAUACUGGUGAAAGAAUUGCUUGUCUGGAAGCCAGCCUUUCAAACAACCAGACCGUUUAUCAAAAGGCGGUUGAAUGGGUUGUCGCUAUCAUCGCUGGUCUCGGCCUGGUGGCUUCUGCCAUUACUUCCGGGCUCGGCCACUCCAAUACUGCCGCGCAUGUGGCCGCUAAUGCCUUGUCCCUUUUCGGUUUCUUUCAGGCCCAGGCUAUGAUUGGCGAAACGGCCGUUCAAAUGCCACCUAUCGUGGAAUCAUGGACUCAAAACUUCCAAUGGAGCAUGGGAAUUAUUCAGGUCGGUUUCUUGCAAACAAUUGCUACGUGGUACCAACGCGCCACGGGCGGUGAACCAUCUACUCUUCUCUCAAAUCUUGCGACUACAUCGGUCAAUGUUCAAAAACGAUGGCUCGACGCGGGGGCUGUACUCUACAACCGCAGCCUAAAUCUCCUUCAGAAAAGGGACAGCUCAGGCGGUGACACUCUGACGGUAACAGUAACGGGAUUGGAAAGAGUUGGUUUCAAAGCCGAUAUGGAGAGAACAAACAUUUUUUUGACUGGUUUAAUUUGGUUCGUUGUGUUUGUCUCUUUCACCACGAUUGGUGUCGCCGCUUUCAAGGGUAUCUGUGAAUUGUUGGUCAAAUACAAGAAGAUGCCGAGCGACAAAUUCCAGGACUUCCGCAAUGGAUGGAAGAUUGUCAUGAGAGGUAUUCUCUUUCGGCUCACUCUUGUUGGUUGGGCUCAGAUGUGCACUCUUUGCUUCUGGGAAUUGGUUGAGCGUGAUUCCGCUGCCGAGGUGGUACUUGCUGUGAUCAUGUGGUUGUCCAUGGCAGUCGUGUUGGCAUGGGCAGCUUUCAAAGUCAUCACACUGGCUAGACGUUCUAUUGCCAUGCACAAGAACCCAGCCUAUAUUCUUUACUCUGACCCGGCAUGUCUGAACAAGUGGGGUUUUCUAUACGUGCAAUACCGAGCCACGGCCUACUAUUUCGUCAUCCCUGUCUUGGGUUAUUUGCUUCUAAAAGGUCUGUUCAUUGCCUUUGGGCAAAAUGCCGAAGUCGUCCAGGCCGUCGCCUUUUUGAUCAUUGAGGCCGCUUUCUUGGUUGCCGUUAGUGUUAUUCGCCCGUGGAUGGAUAAGAGAACGAACAUAUUCAACAUCUCUAUUGCUGCUUGCAACUUUUUGAACGCAAUAUUCUUACUUGUGUUCAGCAAUGUUUUCAAUCAACCAGGAACGGUCACUGGUGUCAUGGGCAUUGUUUUCUUCAUCUACAAUGCAGCUUUCGCUUUGGUCCUUUUGAUCCUAGUUCUGAUUGCCUCCAUCUACGCUAUUGUCUCGAAAAACCCAGAUAUGCGUUACCAACCAAUGAGGGACGAUCGGGGUUCGUUCAUCAAGAGCAACUCAGCCCUCAACACGGAAUUGGACGCUUUAGCAAACACUGCCCGUGGAGGUGGAGAAAUGGAGCUCAAGUCGACGGCCUAUCACCCUGCGUAUGAGGACGAGUCCAACUCGCUCUCGAGCGGAAAUGGGGCCAGUGUCAAUCACCACCAUGACAUUAGCAAGGCUCCUCCGUCUCCCAUUGACCCCUCAGUGCCAUUAUUCCCUAGUCAUGCACCACCUUCAUACGACUCCAACGGGUAUGGCAACGAUAUCGAACGGAGUAGGUCCCCAGGACAACUGGGAGACUUCAAUCCUGCGUCUGCAUUAGCCAUGCAGAAUUAUAGACAACAGCAUAACUCUAGUCCUUGGCAACGAGGUGCAGGCUACGACCAUUGA